AUGAGCGGGGCGGCGUUCCCGUCGCCGGCCGCCGAGAUGGCAGAGAUGAACCGGCUGCAGUACGAGAUGGAAUACACGGAGGGGAUCAGCCAGCGCAUGAGGGUCCCCGAGAAACUCAAAGUAGCCCCUCAAAAUGCUGACCUCGAAAAGGACGUCCCAGAAGGAUUUCCCAAUGCCAGUGUAACCAUGCAGGUUCCAGAGCGGAUUGUGGUGGCAGGUAAUAGUGAAGACAUUCCAUUUUCCAGACCAGCAGACCUUGACAUUCUUCAGUCUACUCCAUUCAAACCACUGGCACUGAAAACUCCUCCCCGUGUUAUUUCUCUUAGUGAUCGACCGCUAGAUUUUUUGGACCUAGAAAAACCUGCACAGCAGACACCUCAAAGUGAAGAGGUGCGCUCGGUGGGGAGGCUGAAGAGAGAACGUUCCAUGAGCGAAAACGCCACGCGGCACAACGGCCAGCUGGCCCGCAAUGACUCCAUGUGGCACAGAUCAGAUACUGUCCCAAGAAAUAAAAUGCCACGGUUCCAGUCACCUCUUUCGACUCAGGAUUGCACUGUGACACCAUCACUGCAACAGGCUCGUGUCUGUCCUCCCAAUCUGUUACCUGAAGAUGGAACUAAUCUUUACUCUGCUCGUGGCAUUUUGUCGUUUAUCCAGUCUUCCACUCGUAGGGCUUACCAGCAGGUCUUGGAUGUGCUGGAUGAAAACCGCAGCUUGGACAAGGACUAUAGGCCAGUGUUACGUGGUGGGUCAGCUGCUACCACUUCCUCUAACCCUCAUCAUGACAACACCAGAUAUGGUCUCACCAACUUCGACUCGACACUCGAGGGAACGCCAGAUGACAUGACAGUUGUAGAUGCUGCUUCCUUGAGAAGACAGAUAAUCAAACUUAAUCGCCGUCUACAACUUCUGGAAGAGGAGAACAAAGAGCGAGCCAAGAGGGAAAUGAUCAUGUACUCAAUUACUGUAGCUUUCUGGCUACUCAACAGCUGGCUUUGGUUUCGGCGCUAGACACGGCUCCCAGAAAGAUUUAGCAGCUGAAAACACAAACAAUUUGCAAAAUCCCUCCUUUCUGUUUCUGAAAUCGGUAUGGCUGUUUUAUAAUUCGUACACUGGAAAACUUCCACCACAGAUAAAGGCUCUAGAAUUGCAGUGUUAAAGGGACACCUUGUUGUUCAGUUGUACAUUUAAAUAGAUUUGCAUUGCAAAUACCGCAGUAUCCUCCUUUGCAUGCUUCUGUGUAAACAUGGAUCAGCCCACGGGAAGUUUGCUUCAUGCAGUGGAAUGACUCUUGAGUGAUCUCCAGGACUAACCACCGGAGGUUUUGUUGUGGCGGGAAGAGAACGAGUAGAAUGGAUUUGGGGAAAAAAAAACAAACAAAGGAAUAAAAAGUCAUUUUUAUUGUUCUGUUGUUAGAUGCAAUUAAACAAUUGCACUAGUUUUCCUUUAGUCCGAGUAGUUUGAGGUGUGCCAUGAUCAAGGAGUGUGUCCUGUUUAUGAGUAUGUUCCCUGUUUAAGUACUUGUUCGGGUCAAAUAAUAAAAGGAAUUCUUUGCUAACAUGCA